AUGUCGCUCGGAAGGACCAUCACACUCAACAACGGCCUCGUCGUCCCCCAGAUCGGCUUUGGUACCUGGCAAGCCGCCGCUGGAGAGGUCGAGAAGGCUGUCGAAGAAGCGCUGCGUGUCGGAUACCGCCAUAUCGACUGCGCCUUGAUCUACGGGAACCAAGAGGAGGUCCGCGUCGGCAUCACCCAGUCCGGCGUCAAGCGGGAAGAAAUCACCCUCGUCUCCAAGCUCUGGAACAAUUCUCACCGCCCGGAGAACGUUGAGGCGGAUCUCGACCUCACCCUUCGUCAGCUCGGUACCGACCAUCUGGACGUCUACCUCAUCCACUGGCCCGUUCCCUUUGUGGCUGGCGCUAAUCUCAUGCCGAAUGAGAAGGAUGGCAAGGCCCGGGCCAUCGACUGGGAGGCGCCAGGCGUCGCGCAGACAUGGAAGGAGAUGGUGCGGAUCUCGAAGGAGACCAAGAAGGUCCGCGCUAUCGGCGUGAGCAACUUCAACAUUGAGCUCUUGGAGAAGAUUAUCAAGGAGACGGGGGUCGUGCCGGUCAUGAACCAGAUCGAGGCUCACCCGAGCUUGAUCCAGCCCGAGCUCUUUGCCUACUGCAAAGAGAAGAACAUCCGCAUCACCGCCUACUCCCCCCUCGGCAACAAUAUCACCGGCAAGCCCCGAGUCAUCGACUCGCCUCAAGUCAAGGAGAUCGCCAGCAGGCUAGGCAAGGAGCCCGCCCAGGUCCUGAUUGCGUGGGGCGCCAAGAACGGCUUCUUUCUUAUUCCCAAGAGCGUCACCCCUUCGCGCAUCAAGUCCAACUUUGAAGACUUUGAAUUGUCACAGGAAAACUUUGAGGAGAUCAACGCUUUCGGCAAGGCCAACACUGUCCGUAGCAACACGCCAUCCGAGUAUGAACCUCAGUGGCCCAUCAACGUUUUCAACGAGUCCCACGAGGGGAAGUUCAAGAAGGUGUGGUAG